GCUCACAUGAUAAAAAUACUUGAAGCCGAAGUUACCAUGAACAAGGAUAAAUCCGAUGGCUUUGAAAUAUUUACGGACGAUAAAGAUAACGAUGAGUAUGAUAAGGACGAUAAGGAUGCAACCGAUAUGUGUCUGUUAAUAAUCAUGGAUAUGGAGCAAAAAAAAAAUCUUGAAGAUAAAAGUCGUGUAAGAAAAAGAAACUUAGAGAAACACCCAACAGAUAAACGAACAUUAUCAAUUGAUGAAUCGGUUGAUGACAUAGUGGGAAGGAAACGAUCUUACUCAUUGGAUCGUUUUGAUAAUAAGGACUUUCAUGACCUUUACGAAGAUAUUGAAGAAGUCGAAAAAUAUAAGGUAAAAAAGAAUGUUAUAUCUGACUAUUUCACGCCUGUUAUUGUCGACGUGGAUUCUGAGGUCUCUCCCGUCGAUCAACCGAAAAGUAAAUAG